UGGCGUUGUAGCAAAGUGGUUACUGCGAUUGACUAGAAUCUUGUCUUGAUCAAUCAGGUCGGGCAUUUGCUAUCAAUUCCCUUCGGGGGCGUAGGUUCGAGUCCUGCCAACGUCGAGAGACAAUUUACUUUUGCAUUUGUGAAUCGAGCUUCUUUUGGGCUUUACAAAUACCGCAUCCAUUGCGGAAGCACACACUGCCAUGUGAAGCGUACGAUGAGUACAAACCGUUGGUCUUCGAUGAAAUAGUCAUCAUGACGCGGCGUUCCCUUGCGAUCCAAGACUACCUACAUAAAGCCAGUGCAGUAUAAGUGUAGUAUUUCCAUCUCACUUCCGGAUCCAUAUACCCAACAAAGUACGAACGUCUAUAGACAAGAUGGAGCACCACGCACCGCACUCAAGCUCCAACUUCGAGGGCUACUACAGCAAAUUCGACCUCCCCUCCGGCGCCCACCUGGCCUUGAUCAUAUGCAAAGUCCGCGGAGCAAGACAACGGCCGAACAUGGUCUCAUUCACCUACGUCCCUCCCGACGCAACCAAAACGUACCAAAAGGAAGUCUGGGCCGACGACCUGCAAAUGGUGACUUUCAGCAAAGACAACGCCUUCGGGCUAGAAGUGCCGGGGAUAGGCUACGCACGCUGGCACGCCGACUCAACGACCGAGUAUAGUCUCGAGCAUGAGGACUUCUCUUUCCACGCCAAGACCACAUCCCGGACCCCCUGGUCGCCGCAUACGAAUACGCCGGAGGCGCUUCUCGUCAAUCUGCCCUUACCACUCCACUGGCACGUCCAAUCUCUCGCCUCCGACUGCGACUUCAACAUGAAACUGCCGGGCUACGACCUCCCGUAUGCGGACCGCUCGGGCAAAGCCAUGGUGCACCAGGAGAAGAACUGGGCCCACAGUUUCCCCCAAGCGCACAUCUGGAUCCAAGCCUACGAUCAAGACACCAAGCACGGCUUCUGCUGCGCCGGUGGGCAGAUAUUAGGCAUGGAGGCCUUCCUACUCGGCUACCGCAGCGAGGAUCUCACCGUCGAUUUCCGCCCGCCCUUCGCCGUUCGCGUAGCGGGGCUGAGUCCGUUCAUGAGCUACACCGCGGACUGGGAGCGGCGGACCUUUGAGCUGAGUGUGCAAGGACUGUGGCAGAAGUUGGAGAUCAAGGCGGUUGCUCCGCAGGGGAGUUUCUUUUCUCUGAGUAGUCCCUUUCCUGAGGGCCAUAGGGAGAACUUUCUGGGACAGAGUUUCCAGGCGAGGAUUGAGGUGAGGGUGUUUGAGAGUGAGACGUGGUGGCCUUGGGGUGGGUGGAGGUGUGUUAAGAGCGAUGUGUUUGAAGGGGGGAUUUCUUUUCUCUGAGUAGUCCCUUUCCUGAGGGCCAUAGGGAGAACUUUCUGGGACAGAGUUUCCAGGCGAGGAUUGAGGUGAGGGUGUUUGAGAGUGAGACGUGGUGGCCUUGGGGUGGGU